CGUUUGUUGUCAUUGGCGGCUCCCAAGAUGGCGUCUAUCAUGGAAGGGCCGCUGAGUAAAUGGACUAACGUGAUGAAGGGCUGGCAGUACCGUUGGUUUGUGCUGGACUACAAUGCAGGGCUGCUUUCCUAUUACACGAAACCAGAUCAUUUAUUCUGUGGGAUUUUCUACAUUCUGGAUUUUGCUGGCGGCAUUCUUGUGUCCAAGGACAAAAUGAUGAGAGGCUCUCGCAGAGGAUGUGUUAGACUCAGGGGAGCUGUGAUUGGUAUAGACGAUGAGGACGACAGCACCUUCACAAUAACUGUUGAUCAGAAAACCUUCCAUUUCCAGGCUCGUGAUGCUGAUGAGCGAGAGAAGUGGAUCCAUGCCUUAGAAGAAACAAUUCUUCGACAUACUCUUCAGCUUCAAAUCAGUACCACACUUGCUUUUUUCCAGUCUUCUGGUAUCUCUCCAGUUCUUGAAUUUUCAAAAAUAAUUGGUUUGGAUUCAGGAUUUGUUCCUAGUGUCCAAGACUUCGAUAAGAAACUUACAGAGGCUGAUGCUUACCUACAAAUCUUGAUAGAACAAUUAAAGCUUUUCGAUGACAAACUUCAAAACUGCAAAGAUGAUGAACAGAGAAAGAAAAUUGAAACUCUCAAAGAGACAACAAAUAGCAUGGUAGAAUCAAUUAAACACUGCAUUGUGUUGCUGCAGAUUGCUAAAGACCAGUGUAAUGCGGAGAAGCACGCAGAUGGAAUUAUAAGUACUAUUAAUCCUGUAGAUGCAAUAUAUCAACCUAGUCCCUUGGAACCUGUGAUCAACACAAUGCCUACCCAGACUGUCUUACCUCCAGAACCUGCUCAGUUAUGUAAGUCAGAGCAGCGUCCAUCUUCCCUACCAGUUGGACCUGUAUUAGCUACCUUGGGACAUCAUCAGACUCCAACACCAAAUAGUACAGGCAGUGGGCACUCACCACCUAGUAGCAGUUUGACUUCUCCAAGCCAUGUCAACUUGUCUCCAAAUACUGUCCCCGAGUUCUCUUAUUCUAGCAGUGAAGACGAAUUCUAUGAUGCUGAUGAAUUCCAUCAAAGUGGCUCAUCCCCAAAGCGCUUAAUAGAUUCCUCUGGAUCUGCCUCAGUCUUGACACACAGCAGCUCAGGAAAUAGUCUAAAGCGCCCAGAUACCACAGAGUCACUUAAUUCUUCCAUGUCCAAUGGAACAAGUGAUGCUGACCUUUUCGACUCACAUGAUGAUAGAGAUGAUGAAGGCGAAGCAGGGUCGGUGGAAGAGCACAAAAGCGUUAUCAUGCAUCUCUUGUCACAGGUUAGGCUUGGAAUGGAUCUUACUAAGGUAGUUCUUCCAACAUUCAUUCUUGAAAGAAGAUCUCUUUUAGAAAUGUAUGCAGACUUUUUUGCACAUCCGGACCUGUUUGUGAGCAUUAGUGACCAGAAGGAUGCCAGAGAUCGAAUGGUUCAGGUUGUGAAAUGGUACCUCUCUGCCUUUCACGCAGGAAGGAAAGGAUCGGUUGCCAAAAAGCCAUACAACCCCAUUUUAGGGGAAAUCUUCCAGUGUCACUGGACAUUGCCAAAUGAUACUGAAGAGAACGCAGAGCUAGUUUCAGAAGGACCAGUUCCCUGGGUUUCCAAAAACUGUGUGACAUUCGUGGCUGAACAGGUUUCCCAUCAUCCACCCAUUUCAGCCUUUUAUGCUGAGUGUUUUAACAAGAAGAUACAAUUCAAUGCUCAUAUCUGGACCAAGUCAAAAUUCCUUGGCAUGUCGAUUGGGGUGCACAACAUAGGGCAGGGCUGCGUCUCAUGUCUAGAUUAUGAUGAACAUUAUAUUCUCACAUUCCCCAAUGGUUAUGGAAGGUCUAUCCUCACAGUGCCCUGGGUGGAACUAGGCGGAGAAUGCAACAUCAAUUGUUCCAAAACUGGCUAUAGUGCAAAUAUCGUCUUCCACACUAAACCUUUCUAUGGGGGCAAGAAGCACAGAAUUACUGCUGAGAUUUUUUCUCCAAAUGACAAGAAGUCUUUUUGCUCAGUUGAAGGGGAAUGGAAUGGUGUAAUGUAUGCAAAAUAUGCAACAGGGGAAAAUGCAGUUUUUAUAGAUACCAAGAAGUUGCCUAUAAUUAAGAAGAAAGUGAGGAAGUUGGAAGAUCAGAACGAGUAUGAAUCCCGCUGCCUUUGGAAGGAUGUCACUUUCAACUUAAAAAUCAGAGACAUUGAUGCAGCAACCGAAGCCAAGCAUAGACUUGAAGAAAGACAAAGAGCAGAAGCUCGGGAAAGGAAGGAGAAGGAAAUUCAAUGGGAGACAAGGUUAUUUCAUGAAGAUGGAGAAUGUUGGGUUUACGAUGAACCAUUACUGAAACGUCUUGGUGCUGCCAAGCAUUAGGUUGGGAAAUGCAAAGUUUACAUCUGACGACCAGGGCAAUAGGCAUAAUUAAGCAACAAUCUUCCUUUGGGAGAACCUAUUCACUCCCUUCUUAUUGCAGUGGUUCCUAUCUCAGGGAUACUGGACUUUCUGAUGCAGAUGAACAAUUAAAGCGAGAAAAGCUUCCCUUUUUUCCUUUUCUGUGGCAGUUACAAUUUUGACUUCAGUCCUGAGAAAAACUUCAGGUUUUGAAAACAAGAUGAUCUGCUUUUUUCCCCAAGCCCCAUGCUUUGAAAAGCAUUUAUAAAUCCCGGUCUUAAACUUUGCACACCUAGUACGGCUGUUAAGAUAUACAUCCACACACACACAUAUAUACACACACGCACACAUAUAGACCUGAUGCCAGAUUUUUCAUAAAUACUCCAUCUACUGUAAAUAUUGGUUCCUCUUAGUUGUUUUAGAAACUUAGUGCAAUGUAUUAAAAUCAAGUGUUAGGAAAUUUCAUGCCCUCACCUAUAACUUUUGUUUUGGAAUUGGACUAUUAUUAAAUUGUAUCUAACUCUGGACUAUAUUUAAUUAUACUCAGUGCUUCUUAAGGCUUCAUAAAGUAAUUUUUCCAAA